CCUCGAAGAUAAAAGGCGACAUGCGGACCUCAAUCACUAUUAACCUACUUCGAUGCGCCUAACUGUAAACCUCAUUUGAAUUCUGCAAAUGCAGCCGGACGAAAUAUUUUAGACCCAGCACCAAAAUCGAAGAAGAUAUGGCGAGGAAAAGUGGUCCGACGCGUCGGCAAUAGCAAUCGAACUGCACCGCGAUUUCUAUUUCAUGGUUUUCGUUUGAAUUUUCUUCAAAUUGUAGACGCGCUUCGCGAUUAACACUAGCGAGAAGCCAGUUCUUCGAAGACAAGCCUUAAGAUGAGAGUGUUGUGUAGGAUUACAGUUGUUUGUGUUUUGCUUCUUUUAGUUUUGAGCCUCAGCGAUGCUAGGAGAAGGAAGAAGCACAGCAAAGCGAUGGUUUUGAGGCAAAAGGAGACGAAUGCUGUGAAUUUUAUAAGAUUGUCUGUUAUGAGGCUUAUUUAUGGCAUUGCGACAAGGAUAGGACUUGGGGAGCAAAUCUCGGAGGCAUUAAAUGGUGCGUUUGUGCCUCCAGGGGCAGAAGACUACGAUUAUGACAGGGAAGGAUUCGGCCUGCUGGGUGAUGACGAUGAUUAUGAUUAUUGAUGGCAAUUAUAUGUUAUUUAUUGUACAAAAACUUGUAAAUAGUUAUUUAUUUAUUUAUUUUAUUUUGUUUACUAUAUUCUUACAUUCGUUAUCACAGUAAAUUGUGUUUUUAUACA